CUGGGUAGAGUCUGCGCGAGUGGGAGUGGAGCGAGUCGCUCGGUCUCGGCAGCGUUCAUCCAUUCUGUGCGGCACUCCCCGUACAGCUCCGCGCGUCCUCGGUGCGAUCCGGGGUUUGUGUUCUCUCUCACUCUCUCUGUCUCCGCUCAGAAGAGAAAGAAAAACGCGGGACAGAAAGCUCCACGGAUUAACCUUCAGCAAACCUUUCCCAGACACGGAAUCGGGGGGGACGGAGAGGAGGACAUGUAGUGACGGGAGAGCGGGAGAGAGAGGGGGCUUUUUUUUCCGAGCAACGGCGUGCUCCGCUGAAACCCAACAUGGCGCUGCUGCUGCGAGGUACGGCAGAGCUGAAUUAAUUUCUCCGCGAGUCCGACGAACCUCGCCACCUGUAUCCUGUGAGGGGGCCCGGGCCGCACGGGCACAAGAGGCUCCCACGACUUAAAGGACCAUAACGGAUUUUUUUCUUUUUUGUGGGAUUUCUCUCUCUCUCUCUCUCUCUCUCUCCGGACGUUUGUUUUUUUUUCUUCUUCCCUCCGAGCAGGAUCUUUUUUUUUGUUGCUUUAUGGCAACAGAAGUGACAUUUGCAGCAGCAGGAAAAAGUCCGUUUGAAAUAAAAGGCUAAUGGAUGAGAGUUUCCUGUAGACAAUAGAACAAGAAAGCGAGAGAUUUUAUGUUCGACUUGUUUUGUUUCGUGACAAGUGGAUAACCUGUUAGACACUUUUGGUUGUUUUUUUUUUCUCCCCCCCCUCCUCCGGUCGGGAUUGUCUCCAGCGAGCAGGACCGUAACCGGGUUAGUCUACGUUUACGCACGACUCGCUGUCCUCCCAGUUAACUUGGAAAAACAGGAAAAAGGCGUUGAGUUGUAGCGCACGGACGACGGCUGGAACUAUUGGCAAUUAACCAGGGCAACAUCUGUUCGUGAUGUCGAUGCUGAGACACAAACCAACCUGGAACUAAGACAAGGCAGCCACUUUACACAAAACAUGGUGGAUGCAAGGUUAACACCACUGGCAGCCAUGGGGCUGGACAGAGGCACUCUAAUGCAUGAUGGUCUCCGUCUCCACAGUGGGGUUGUGUACCCCGGGAUCAGAGCCCUGCCAGUGGAGAAGAGCCGAGAGUCCGGCCUUCCCCUUGGUUACAACCGGGACGGUCUCCCGGAGCUCAUCUACAAGCCUGACGGCCCUCUGGACAGUCGUAAGCACACUAAUGGGUACCUCGGCCUCUACAAGGGCGCUCCGCCAGGUCUCCACAAGCCUAUGCUGAUUCCUGGAGCUGAAGGUCUAGGGUUGGAACGCAGAGUAGGGCCUGGAGAGAAAGUGUCUGAUCUGGGCUUGGCAAGUGCUGGCGGCGGCUAUCUCCGCCUGCCCUGGCUCAGCCCCUACCCCGAAGCGAGCAUGUAUCCCUUUAUGGACACGUCCAAAUAUGCGGCUCUAAACAUGUACAAAGCCUCCUUGCUAAACCAGCCCAACCCCUAUCUUCCUCAGCACCUGCCCUACGCUUCUCUGUGUGCAGCCCAGGGCGGGAAUCCUGCUGCAGCGUCAGCAGAAAGACUUUACUAUAUGCCCCCUUACCCGCCCUCCCCCAUCUCCUCACCCCUGGUGGCGCCCCCUAUGAGGAUUCCCGCAGUCACAGUAGCUCCUACACUGGUACAUUGCCAGGACAAGGGGCUUGGUGUUGCCUCUCAAUUUGCACAGCAGCUUCACCAACCUUCCCCUCAUGCCCAGCACCAUCAGUCUGCAAUGGACAGGGACCGAUCCCCGAGCAGGAGCAGCAGACCAAGCAGGCCUCCCUCUAGGAAGGGGCCUAGCAACAACAGUAACACCAGUAGCACUAGAGACGCCAGUGGCGGGAACAAUAACAAUCCGCCGACUGAUUCCUCUCCGCAUGCGUCUUCUCGCCUCUCCCAACCUCCCCCUCCCCCCGCUCUCAUUGACAAUUCACUGGAUCUACAGCGGCCGGUUGCGAGGAUCGGACAACCGUCGACCUCCUCCGCUUCCUCGAUUUCUGCCUCGACCACGUCCACGCAGUCCAUUCCUCACCCUUUCUCCGUGAGCAGCAUGGCGUCAGAGCAGCCGUCUCCCGCUCGGCCCAGCCCCCACAAACACAGGCCGCGCGAUGGAGCGGCCGAGCACAGGAGCGUGGGGGCUGAAAGGAGAGCCAGCAGGUCGCCCUCCAAACCAAAUUUUGAGAGGCCCCCCCACCAAACCCAACCAACCAAAGACUCGGCAGAGAAGCCGUUGGAUUUGUCUGGGAGAAUACUUGAGUUCGGGCUGCCUCCCAAUGGAUUCCCUGUUAAGAUGGAUUCCAUGGCUUCAGGCCCACGCUAUGGGCUCCCCCCUAGCAGAGAACUGAUUAAGGAAAACAUGUCCCUGUCCCCUUCCUCUCACCCUCACUCUGUGGCCAGCAGCACUUCUUCAAAGGUCCCAGAGAGGCCAGAGAUGAUCAGCACUUUACACUCCUCCUGGGUCGUACCUAGCCCGUCUCCUUCUUCCCACACGCAGCACACACCAGGCCUGCCCCCUUCUCCGCGGCCCAAUCCGGACCUUUCACAAGCCAAAGGUUCCUCCCCGUCUGUCAUCAAACACAAGGGUUUGGAGAGAGUCCUCCCCCAGCAACGUAGCUCGUCCUGUCCGCGGAUAGGAGAGCCCAACCACAAUGUUCCCUCCACCCAACACUCCUCUCUGGUCAACUCGAGGCCCCUGUCGCCCAGACAAAAUGGCGAGUGGGUCAAACACAGCCCCGGCCAAUCGGAACAUCCAGCAGUCAUGGGACACCACAGGGAGGCAACAGAGAAGUCCUCCCUGGCAACUAAGAGAAAUGAAACGACCCAAGAUGUGUCAUCUUACAAAAGGCCCUGUUUGGAGAACGGUCACCCUCCUAGCCACCUUUACCUUCCUCAGAAUGACGCCUACCUGAACCACAGUUUGGCUUAUGCCAACAGAUACCUGCACUAUCCAGUCCCCGACGGCAUGGCUCUACAUUCUCUGCCAAUUACAGGGAAAGGCCCAGUCUAUCCUCACCCAAUGUUGCUGGGCAGUAACAGCCUUUACCCGAGCCACCUGGCAGCAAAACACCCUUUACCCUACCACAACCUCCAAGCUGGACCAGGGGGGGAAUACCUCACGUAUAACUCACAGGAGAUGGCCCAUCCCCUCAUGCAAGCGCACACGGACAACAAGCUUCCAGAAAAGGGAGAUGGGACUUUGAAGCCCAGGGGACAAGAGAAGUCCAGAGGAUUUAUGGAAGAGUGCAGAGAUCACAGUGUCGGGAAGGAGAUUGGAGAAGGAAGCCAGCUGAAGAAUGAUAGGGAGCAGGGAGCACAAGGACACGGCGGCAGUCAAAGCAAAUCUUCCUUUUCCUCCGCCACAUCCAGAGAAAAGAUUGUCUGCAUUGACCUUGUACACUCAGACACGGAUAUUGAGUCUACCCCAACAGUUCAUAAACAGCCCUCUGCUGAGACCGGCGCAAAGGUUAACCAAAAUGAAUGUUGUCAUAGUAACCAAAACCCGACAAAGACCGACUAUGAGCCAAAACACCAACACCAUCCUUCUCAUCCUUAUCCAAUCCACUCGGGUCAGAGCCCCACCCGGAAGUCCAAUCCCACUGACAGGCAGCCAGAAACUCUCUUUGGGCGAACAAAGGUUCCUCAAGACACCGUCUGUCCUGGAGUAACAUCUCAUCAACUAUCAACUCCUUCAGGGCACGAUGCCCAAGCGGAGGAGAGCCAGGAGGAACCUUGCCCCAGCCCUGACCCUGGCGAACAAGACCAGAGCACUUUGCGCUGCGCCCGCACGUCUGGGCUGUGCAGCGCCGGUAAGGACAAAGGGGACAGGGGCCGCCAUGCUUUCCACCUCGCUCAGCACUGCUCAGAGCUGAUGAAGGAGGAGAAAAUGAGCGAGACAGAGACUGAGAGGGAGGACAGCAUUGUUGACCUGGGGGAGUCCCAAGGCGAAGGGGACGAGGACGACGAAGAGGGCUCUUCAUCUAAAGGCUCUCGUAGAUCCAGCCUGGCCAAGAGGAUCGCAAACUCCACGGGCUACGUGGGCGACCGCUUUAAAUGUGUCACCACUGAGCUGUAUGCUGACUCCAGCAAGCUGAGCCGUGAACAGAGAGCUCUGCAGAUGGAAGUCAUAUCACGAGAGGGGAGUAAUAUAAGUCAACCUGCAGCUAACUGGGAGCGGGCAAUGAUGCGGUUCUCGGAGCUGGAGCUGAAGGAGAAGGAGGGCGGCAGUGUGUGUGUGUCUGCCUCGGCAGCGGCAGCAGGACGGGAGCUGGCAGACGGCCAGCGCAGAGAGCGAGUGCUGGAACACUGCCAGCACACCACCAGGCAGGGAGAGAGGGAGGGUGUCCGGCCGGCGUUCCCCAAUAACAGAGUUCCAGUUCUCCAGAGGUGUGUGGCCCAGAAGGAGCCUUUGUCCCCAGUGCGCGGGGAUCGAGACGGGGGCAGGAAUGGCGGCCAAGUGGUGCACAGGGACGGAGCGAGGAACGGGAUGAGGGAAUGUGAAGGAGGAGGUCACUGCUUGCCCCCCACGUUGACACCGGCGAAAGGAUACCACGAGGAGAAAUUCAACCCCGGCUUCGGACCCAACAGGAAACGCCCGCUCAAGACCGAACAGGACGACGCCGAGCGGGACGAAGAGGAGAGGCUGUUUCACCCGGAGAAAAGAGCCAAGAUUUAUGCGGAUGAGCGUGAGCAGACCUGCCUCGACGACGAAGACGACGACGAGGUGCGAAAGCUCAAAGUCUGCAUCGAGCUCAAAGGGCUGAGACUGAGCAAGCCUGCUGCUGGCGCGGCUUCGCCCGACAGGUUCCACAUCAAACAGGAGAGACCGUGGCCCCAGCCCAGACUGGUACCGCCGACCCAGAAUGUGCGAGAGCGAAAGAUCAGGGCCAGCGAAGCGGAGGACAGAGCUGCAGCACAGAGAGCCGAGAUCAACAGGAAAUGGGGCUGCGACAAGCUGCUUAAUGGAGUCGCUGCCUCUCCCCUCCCCCCCAGCCAAGUGAAGGACAGAGCGCAACCGCUGGGCCCCUUCUCAGGUGACCGUGGCCUCAAGGAGCCCAGGAGGGGCCCCCCUUCCCCUGCCCCGGAGCCGUCCGUAGGAAUCACCCCUCCUCUCAAGCCCCGUCGCCAUAGUGACACCGACAAACCCAAGGGCAAGCGGCCGUGCAAGACCAAACACACCAGUCAGAGGGAGCGGGAGAAGCGGAAAGAGGCCACACCUAGCAGCCCGGGCCAGCGUUGUGCAGCCGAUCUGGGAGCAGCUGAGGAUGACAAGCUGAGCGAGCAGCGCAGCGCUCCGAGGAAGGGAGCCGCCUCUCCUAAUCAUUAUCCCUGCUCUCCAGUCAAGCCCUGCUCCCCCGCCGCGCUCUGUCCACCCUGCCUCCAGCCGCAGGCCAACGGCGGCAGAGCGGGCGCCGCCGUCCCACCGGAGGCGGCCGCGGGGGGGCCGCACAGGACCCCCCCUGCCGAGCCCCCCGCGGUGCGUCCCAUCCCGCCGGAGGCUCGCCGGCUGAUCGUGAACAAGAACGCCGGGGAGACGCUACUCCAAAGAGCGGCACGACUCGGCUACGAGGAGGUAGUGCUGUACUGUCUGGAGAACAGAGUGUGCGAGGUGAACCACCGAGACUACGCCGGCUACUGCGCUCUCCACGAGGCGUGCGCUCGCGGCUGGCUGAGCAUCGUCCAGCACCUGCUGGAUUACGGGGCUGACAUCAACUGCAGUGCACAGGACGGCACCAGGCCAAUUCACGACGCUGUGGAGAAUGACCACCUGGACGUGGUGCGCAUCCUGCUCUCUUACGGCGCUGACCCUACCCUCGCCACCUACUCCGGCCGCGGCCUGCUGAAGAUGACCCACAGCGACAGCAUGGAGCACUUCCUCACUGAUUACUUCGCCGACCUUCAGGGCCGCUCGGAUGACGACCCUGGGAUUUAUUGGGAAUUCUAUGGCAGCGCUGUGUGUGAAUCAAGCGAAGAGGGCGGCAUCUAUGACAUCCUGGCCGACCCUCCAGGCCCAGAGGACGAGGAAGAGGAUGACAAAAGGGAGGUGUUUGAGUUUGAGUUCUCUGACCGACCUCUGCUGCCGUGUUACAACAUCCAGGUGUCCCUCUCCCAGGGGCCGAGGAACUGGCUGCUGCUCUCCGACGUCCUCCGUCGGCUGCGGAUGUCAGCCCGCGGCUUCCGGCAAGCCUUCCCCCACAUGGAGGUGGUGACCGUCGCGGAGGCGGAGUUUUACCGGCAGGCGUCUCUGUCGCAGCUCUUCUCCUGCCCCGAGGAGUUGGAGGGCUUCCAGCCGGACAGCAAGGACCUGCUGGACCUGGUGGAAGACAGCGCGGAGCUGGCUGCGCUGCUGGGCUCCUCGCUGGAGUGUCUGGACGACAACUGGGACCACGCCGGGGACAAACUGAAGGAAAAAAUCAAGGCGGUUGGCAAAUUGAGCUCGUCUUGACCCCCCAAAACUACUGCACCUGGACUUUAAUCCUUUAGCGACUGCAUUUUUCUUUAGAACCAAGCGGAGGGUUAUGAUGAUUUUGCCUUAGCCACGACCCUUAGUUCCCCACGCCUCAGCCCGGCUCUGGAUCAGCACUGGUGCACUGUAUAGACGGACUGACCUGCUGGCUAACUGGGCUGCUGAAACGUUACCCUCUGACAACUGAGUUUCAGAAUAUUUGUGACUUAAUAAUGGUCUUAUUUUUAUAAAUUAAUAUAUGUAUAAAUUCAUAAAUAUAUAUAAAUAUAUAUAUAUAAAUAAUAAGAGAUUUUCUUUUGUUGCUCAUGACUCCUCUCUGAGAGAUUUUGUAUGGCAACAGGGUGUAGUUCUUGUUGUCAGUGGAGUGUGUGAGCGCGCAGCACACUGUGCCUGUGUGUAGCUGUACAGGAUAGAACUGAGGCUGUGCUAUUGAAUGUGGUAUUUGUGUUUAUAGGAAGCACAUGAUGUCCUGUUUUUUUUGUUUUUUUUCUUCUUCUCCUCAGACUUCAGCGCCGGCUUUGGCCUCAGGGGUGAUUCUGUUGUAUCUUUUUCUUUUUUAAUUUUUAUUUGAACGUUCAAGUUUUUCCGCUUCCUGUGUAGUCUGCAUUUUCACACGCAAAACUACAAAAAUUGUUUGUAUAAUAAAAGUUUUAAGAUGAUGUUGAUAUUUCCCCUUCAGCACAGACCUUGUACAUAACAGGGAAGCUACUGCAGUAAAGUAAUUUUUUGGUGUGUUCAUUUUUUUUGUUUUAACUUUGUAAUUAAAAUAUCUCUUAAUUUGUAUUUAUAUUUUACAAAAGAAGUUGCUUAAAAAUAAAUAUACAAACUGCAAGAGAA